AUGUCAGAAAAUAUAAACAACCGAAGUAAAGGAAGUCAGCAUGGCUCAGAUGAGGCCAUCCAACCUGCUAAUAAAGAGCAAAGAAAGGAAGAAGUUUCUUGGAAGAUCUUCUUCAUUUGGACUCUAGUUUUUAUCCUAAUUUUUGGUGCUUUUGUCUGUCUUGAUUUAGCUUAUGAAAAACCAUUGUACAAAGAAACGCAAAAGUUCGUACCUGACAUACAAGAUAAAGACUCUUUUAUGGAUUAUUUCAUGGUAAUCAUAGGUGAACUUGGAGAAAGCUUUGGGAUUAUUGCCACAUGCUGGAUUGCUGCAAAUAUUCUGCCUUUCUCAGAAUCAUGCUUCCUUCUUAUCUCAGUAGGAGCAUGUCUGUACAUCAAUGGUAUCCUAAAAAUCCUCUAUCAUGCUCCAAGGCCUUUCUUCGAUACCCCAAAAAUAGAAGCAUUGAGCUGUUCAACAUCAUAUGGGAAUCCUUCUGGCCAUGCGAUGUACUUUAGCUUCCCGUUUCCUCUUGUGUUCAUUCUUCUUUUCAGAAGUCAGAUCAAAGAGAAGAAAUAUAUCCUCCCAGCAAUCUUUGGAGCCCUUACCAUUGCGAUCUGAGGACUGGCUUUAUUCGGAAGGAUCUACUUAGGAGUCCACUCAAUUGACCAAGUGAUUUACGGAUGUACACUAGGAUUAACAUUAUUGGUGUACUUCGUAUUUGUACUGUAUAAGCCUUUGAUGGGAUAUAUUCAUAUGUUCACUAGAAGGAAAUGUAGCAGAAAUGAAAUUAUUGUGCAUCUAAGUAUAAACCUUUUAAUGGUCCUAUUGGUCUUAACUACAAUUGCAGUAAUCGCCUAUGUACUUAAUAUCACGACUCAUGAUGAUCCUUCUGAAUGGAAUACGGCAGUUGAACUGAAAUGUUCAAAAAGUAAUCUCAAAGAAAACUCAAUAUUUGUUCGCAAAGCUCUUAGAAACAUCUUCGCUCCCAUUGGGAUUUUUGGAUGAUUUGGAGGGAUCAUUCUGUACUCUUACUAUGCUCCAACAAUUGUGGAUAAAUACCUAAACAACAACGUGUGGGUAGUUCUGGGAAGACUUGGAGUGAGCUUGCUUUGAAUGCUCCCAUUUGUACCAUUACUUCUUAUCCCCUCAAGUGCUCCUUUCGUUGUACUUCUUAUUUUUGCAGAGUUACUAAUGUCAUUCAGUUUUACAAUCGUCUUGUAUUUUCUUGGCCGACUUCUCAUGGUUAAGAUCAAGCUAUUUACCCCUGUAAAAGAUGUAGAAGCCGAGAUAGAGAUGUCAGAUAAUAAGGUAGAAGCAUCACAUUAAUUUAAAUUUUGUCACAGUUACAUUUCAACUUAAA